UAUAAUAUAUUUGCCAAAAGGUGGAGUUUGUUGUUGGGUUUGGCAUUGGGCUUUAUAGAGCCAAAACGACAAUUGACAUUGAGUUCUACAGCCCAGGUUCACACUUGCACAGAGUUCUUCAAAUGGAGAGAUUUGACUGUGGAACUUUUUCUCGUCGUAGCCUAAACUCACAAGCAAAACAAAACAAAAGAUGACGAGUGUUGGCAAUAAUAAACUCAAAUUUCUCGUGGAACUCGAGUAUGAAACUGAAAGCUACUGUGAUCAAGUUUCCAAAAAAACUGAGCACUAUGUUGCUUUCAAGUUCAAAACAACAGCUCCAAGGAAGUACGGUGUAAGACCCAACCGUGGUGUCAUACAGCCAUGGGACUCUUCCAUCAUUAGUGUUACUCAACAACCGCAACUAGAGUAUCCUCCAGAUAUGCAGUGUAAAGACAAAUUUCUCCUGGAAAGUACCAUUGUACCUCCACAUACUGAUGUGGAUGAACUACCACAAGACACAUUCACCAAGGGCAGUGGAAAGAUUUUAACAGAGUCUAAGCUCAAAGUCUCUUAUAUCAGCCCAUCUACAGCCCAAAGACCCUCUGACUCUGGAGCAACAAAUGGUGAUGGACAGGGCUCGGGAACCAUCUUUCCAAUGUUUCUGCAAACAACCUCUGCUUCACCUCAGUCUGCAAUGAGUGAGAUGCCGCCAGUGCUCAUUCAUCCUGCUAUGACUCCUGUCGACAUCUCACUCCCUUCUACAAACAGUGAGGGUACUAAAGAAGAUAGAUUGUGUGUGAUUUGUGUGGAUGCAUCAUCUGAAGCAGUGUGUGUGCCGUGUGGACAUGUUGCUGAAUGCGUUUCUUCUUGCUUGAAAGAGAUUAAAAGCAAGAAAAUGGGUUGUCCUGUUUGCUGUGCCAACAUUUAUAAGAUUCAAAAUUUUGUAACUGGUGAGAAAUAUCAUCCAUUCCUUUUAGUGAGCUGGAGUCUUCAAUUACUAGUAGUAGUCUGCAUCCUUUGAGUCGGAACAUUGGAUCUCCGUUUGGAUUUAUCUCAAAGAAAAAAGCGAUGAGGGGAAGAUCUGAUGGAGGGCAAAAGAAGAAGGUGACUGCUUUGGUCUGCAUUGCAGCUGUAGUCCUUGUUUUCGUUUAUCUCUUCUAUGGCUCCUCUGAUCAUAGAGCAUCAGCUAUUGAAUAUGGGAGAAAACUAGGGUUGGGUGGUGAUGAUGAUGAGACCAAACAGGACGACACUUCAAGCUCCUUUGGUCUUGAUGAUGGUUUCACUCCGAGAAGUUUUCCUGUGUGCGACGAUCGGCAUUCAGAGCUUAUUCCUUGCUUAGACAGGAAUCUCAUAUACCAAAUGAGACUGAAGCUUGAUUUGUCUUUGAUGG